AUGGAAGCGGUGCAUGGGGGGAGGGGCAGGUGGGGUUUUUUACCGUUGAAUCUCCGGUUCAAAGGGAGUUGGUUUUCUUUGGUUAAGGAGGUGGAGAAACGUCAGGUCAACGGAAAAUCUUUCUUUGACUUGUUAUCGGCUAAGGUAAGGAAUGGGUUGACAGUGAAGUUCUGGUCUGACAACUGGGUGGGCUUGACGGUUUUAAAAGACAGGUGGCCUAAACUUUAUUGUUUGGAGAAAGAUAAACAAUGUGUUGUGGCGGAUAGGUUGAUAUGGGAUGGCAGUAUGUGGAGGUUCACGCCGAAUUGGAAGCAUGGUUUAUCUACUGUUGAGGAGAUUUCAGAGAUGCAAGACGUUGAUUUCCUCCUUAAUAAUAGCUCUUUAUCUAGCGAAGUUGAUCGAUGGUUCUGGGGAGAAGAUGGUAACGAGCCAAUGUCGGUCGCUUCGGUGAAAAAGUGGAUUAGGAAGGGUACAGAGGUUCUGAGGGAUCACUCGAUGAUAUGGGAGUCAUGGGUUCCGAAUAAGGUUAAUCUAUUUAUUUGGAGAGCGGAAAUGGAUCGUAUACCGACUAAAGAGGCGCUGAUUCGAAUACAUGUUAAUAUUCAAGAUGAUUCUUGUGCUUUAUGUAAUUCAGCAACCGAAAAUGUGAUGCACUUGUUUACAGGGUGUUAUUUUGCUUGUGGUGUUUGGUCGGCUGUGGGUAUUUGGUGUGAUAUUGGGCCGGUCAUGGCAUUUGACUUUAUUGAUCUUCUGCAUGUGCAAGACCAAUCGCACAGAGGGAAGUGGGCUCAAAAAAUUAUUAGAGUUAUAGUUUAUAUUACAUGCUGGGUGGUGUGGAAGUUGAGGAAUGAAAGAAUAUUUCAAGGGGCUAACCCGAAGGUGGUCGACGCGGUUGCUCGGAUAAAAUCCUGGCCGUUCCUAUGGUUAAAAAAUAGAUCUAAAUAUACUUGUAUAGAAUGGAAAGACUGGGGUCGUAACCCUCUUUAUAUGUUGUAA